AGUUUCAAUCUAUUACAUUUAUUUCGCUUUCAUCAGUCAACAAGAGCGCUUCAAUGGAAGAAACCAGUACUUUUUUUGGAUUGGCGGAAACUCGUUUUGGACGAAUUUGGAAAGCUUUUUUUUUCGGAAUUAAAAAUGAAACGAAUCUGGAAGUGAAUGUGGAGCCCGAGGACACCAAAAAUGUGGACAACCAGUUUCUAGGAUCCAAGUCAAAUGAAGAGAAUCCCGAAGUAGAUGAGCAGAAUGAAGAGGACAAUAGCACUUUGGAGGGUACAAAUAAUGCAACUUGGUAUGGCAAUGAAGACAUCUUCAAAGAGGGCCAUCAUUGUUCCAAUUUUAAGUUAAUAACGUGGAGCUGUAGCCCUCUAAUCUCCAAAAAAUAUCUUAUGGGUGUGCCGGGCAUAAGCAACGAAGUUAAAAUGGCAUUGAAAAAUUUACAAUUUUGUCCUGAUAGAGCACAAUACGGUCAGCACUAUGCCUGGCCACAUUUGGCCUCUGGUGGCUCCAUGAUAACGAUUGGUCACGAGAAAAGAGGCAAAUCUUGGUCGUAUAUACCAAUUCUAUGUCAACGUCUGUACGAGGCAACAUUGAUAGAUGGACCACCGGAUUGGACUGGACCUAAAUGUAUUAUGCUGGUCCCCAAUAGUAUCGAAAUUACAAAAGCAAGUGGUUUACUAUGGGAAAUUUUAGAGUUUUGUGAUUCUGAUAAACUCGAAACCAUUGUUACAUUCGAAAAACAAACGGAAAUCGUUGAAGUGAUUAACAAAUUAUCUAAACCCUGCGGAAUUUUAAUUACCACGGUGGAACUUAUUUUGAAAUUAAUUGGCAAAGAGAAGAGAAUGAAUUCGAAAAUUUUUGAUGCCAAGACCAUACGUUGCCUAAUCCUGGACAAUAUUGGUGAUAUGUGGUAUUUCUCGCCAUUGAGUACGAUGCACGUGAUAAAUUGGCUAACGAACAAAUUUGUUUUUACUAAGCAAAAAACCCAAUUGGUAAUCACAGGACGCCUCUGGAUGGAUGACAUAAUGAGGAGUCAAAUAAUUCCACUGCUCUCUGAUGCAUUGCUUAUUAUCGAAGAUGGACUGGAGGCCUGCAUUUAUGGUGACAUCAAGCUAGACAUCAACUUUGUCACCCAACAAGACUAUCGGAACGGUGACACACUUUUAAAGGUUCUCUCAGGCAGAGACUUAGCCAAGGAACGCAUUGUUAUCGUCUGCUACCAAGAGUUUGAUUGUCUUCAAAUAUACAGAGUUCUAAAAUCACAUAAUAUUCCCAAUAUUAAGACCGGUGGAGAAGUGCUGGACGCCAAAGCUGGCAUCAUUAUUGCUGUCGAUGCUAUGCUGUACAGCUUAAAUUGUGGACCAAUUGAUCUCUUGAUCAGUUAUACUCUAACUCACACUUGGUUUAAAUAUAAACAACGAUUUAAUUUAUUCCAUGCCAAUUACAAAAUGGAAGUUAAAAAGCCUGGUGAAGCUCUGAUUAUUAUAAAUCCAUCGCAAGAGGAAGAAUUGUGGUUAUUUUGUGAUUUUCUAUUUAAACACGACUUGGAAAUGCCACAGAAUUGGCUGGAUCGUGUCUAUGAAUGUCGUUUGGAAAAGGAGCUAGUACUGCCCCGACAAAAUGCCAAUCUAUGCCAGCAAUUGCUCUAUUAUGGCAAUUGUUAUAGACGCCGAUGUCGCUAUCGUCAUGUGAUGACAUCGAAUGAGGUGAAGCCAGCUAAACAUUUGCCCCAGCAGGGUGAAAUUCAUUUUCGUGUGUUGAAUAUCCUAUCACCAAGCAGUUUGUGUAUUAACAUCAUUAAUGAACCUUACGAUAAAGAUAACUCUUUAAGCGACUUAUAUGACAGCAUUCAGGCAUUCUAUAAAGAUGGUCAAAAUCUUAUUAAACAUUCAAAUCCCUCUAUUGGGGAUAUUAUCAUCAUACAUUUUAAGAAUCGCUAUGAACGUGCCAUUAUCAUUUGCAUGAAAUUUAAUACUAUUAAAGUCAAGGAACUGGAUUGGGGUACUGAACAUUUUAACACGACUCUGGAUCUAGUAUUCGUAUGUGAUGAACGCUUUCGUCAUCAUAAAAUUCAUGCUUGCGAUUUAAUACUUACUGGAGUUAUGCCACAAAGUAUGGAUCGCAAGUGGAACGAUGAGGCCAAGAAUAUGGUACGUUCAAGAUUCUUCAAUUCUGACGGAAAUCCAAAGCGUAGAGAAAUGCUUCGUCAGAGAGUUUACACGGCUGUCGUUAAAUUUGCCUUUCAAGAUGCCAUUCAUGUGGAUACUAUAUAUAGUCCCAAGUGCAAGGAUCUAAAAAAGUUUGUUCUAUGUAACUUUAAUUGUUAUGAAGACAAGUUGGUCAAAGGUCGACUUGCAAGCAUUUCGGAAAAGGCACAGCAAAAUGAUGUGAAUUAAAAUUUGAAUUUUGACAAUGAUCUUUCUUUUAAAAAUCUAUCUACAAAUAAUCGCAAAAAUUGUAGAAAAUCUGUUCAAUUUCUUGAAAUAAAUAAAUACUUUUUUCACAAAGACGUGUAAACA